AUGUACGCCCUGUAUUCCCGGGAGGUGUCGGAGGAGCUACCGCUAACAACUGCUGAGCCGCGGCCGGAGGAGGAACUGUCAAUCCGCGCGCUCCCGAGGACGGGUCGUGCGCUCGUUCUGACGCCGACGACGAGCACGCUCCCGCGCCCGGUUGCGACGGACUACAAACCGCGAAGAAGAGGAGGAAGAACCGGAAGUCGCGUCCCUGUCUCCGAAGAAAGAAAACUUUUUAACUUCUCGACAGAUACUAAAGAGCUCAGCAUGUCGUCCGGAGCUCUCUUCCCCAGCCUGGUCUCCGGCUCCCGGGGAACCUCCAGCAAGUACCUGGUGGAGUUCCGUGCGGGCAAGAUGACCCUGAAGGGGAGCACGGUGACCCCGGACAAGAGGAAGGGCACGGUGUACGUCCAGCAGUCGGACGACUCCCUGAUCCACUUCUGCUGGAAGGACCGCACCAGCGGCAACGUGGACGACGACCUGAUCAUCUUCCCCGAGGACUGUGAGUUCAAGAGGGUGAGCCAGGUGACCACGGGCCGGGUCUACGUGCUCCGCUUCAAGGCGGGCUCCAAGAGGCUGUUCUUCUGGAUGCAGGAGCCCAAGACGGACAAGGACGAGGAGAACUGCCGCAAGGUCAACGAGUUCCUGAACAACCCCCCCAUCGCGGGGGCCCCCGGCAGCGGGGCCAGCGGCAGCCACGAGCUCUCGGCCCUGGGGGGCGAGGGGGGCCUGCAGAGCCUGCUGGGAAACAUGAGCCACAACCAGCUGAUGCAGCUGAUAGGACCCGCAGGGCUCGGGGGCCUGGGAGGUCUGGGGGCUCUGGCCGGACCCGGUCUGGCCAGUCUGCUGGGCAGCGGAGGAGCCGCCACCAGUAGCUCCUCAUCCAGUUCCCGUAGCCAAUCAGCAGCUGUUACACCGUCGGUGGGCGGGGCAUCCAGGCUGAGCACCGCCCAGACCCCCACCACCCCCGUGACCCCUGCUGCCGCUUUAGCCGCCUCCCCCAUCGCAGUGGCGCCUUCCACCCCCGCGGCGGCCCCCGCCCCCGCCACCCCGGCCUCGGUGGGCAGCCCCAGCCAGCCCAUCCAGCUCAGCGACCUGCAGAGCAUCCUGGCCACCAUGAACGCCGCUACCAUAGCAACGCCCUCCGCAGUGGACCUGGCCAGUGUGUGCACCCCGGAGAUGAUGGCGCCCAUCCUGGCCAACGCAGAGGUCCGCGCUAGACUCCUCCCCUUCCUGCCCAGCGGCGAGAGUCUGCCCCAGACCGCCGAGGAGAUCCAGAACACCCUCACCUCCCCCCAGUUCCAACAGGCGAUGAGCAUGUUCAGCAGUGCUCUGGCGUCCGGCCAGCUGGGCCCGCUCAUGAACCAGUUCGGUCUGCCCGCCGACGCCGUGGAAGCAGCCAACAAAGGAGACGUGGAGGCCUUCGCCAAGGCCAUGGAGAGCAGCAAGACGGGCGGGAAGAAGAAGGACGAUGAGGAGGACAUGAGUCUGGACUAGGACUCCCCCCCUCUCCUCUUCCUCCUCCCCCUCCAACCCGACACCAACCACAUUCUGGAACAGCAGCAGCAUUGGAGCCUCUGCUAGCGUCUCCGCGGCAACAUUCCCCUCAGGGUGUGAGAGAUCCGGGUUACCUAGCAACCAGAGCAAGACCUCCUAGUGUUCCGGAAUGCAGACCUGGUCCGGGGGUUAGUUAGUCUCUCCGUGUUGCCGGGCGGCGGUUAGUUUGGAACACGUUUCUGCCUUUUCUGUGUGAUUUUCAUCAAAAUAAAACUCUUUCAAACAA